AUGGGGUGCUUUUUCUCGAAAAAAUCCAAACGAAAGUCGCCGGACGAGCGCGCGCCGACGACGACGACGGUGGAAACUACGACGACAAGCAACGCGGUUCCCCUUGGCAACAACACGGACGAGGCGGCACCGAAGCAGUACAGCUGGGACAAGAGAGAAAAGGUGGACCCCAAGGACUACAUGCUGACAGGCCUCAAAGACACGACAGCGGGUCGCCUCCCAGGAAAGCUCAACGGCCAGCAGUUUGUCAUCCAGGACUGCCACAACUGUGACAUCUACGUGUUCGACCACUCGGCGGCCAUCACCGUGGAUGACUGCAUCAACUGCCGCAUCGUCCUGGGCCCCGUCAAGGGUAGCGUCUUCUUCCGGGACUGCAAAGACAUCCGCUGUGUGGUGGCAUGCCAGCAGUUCCGCACGCGGGACUGUAAAAAGAUGGAGGUGUUCCUAUGCUGCGCAACGCAACCCAUUAUUGAGUCUUCCACUGGCGUCAAGGUGGGCUGCUUCCAGUACUACUACCCCGAACUGGCUUUCCACUUCAAGGACGCCGGCUUGAGCAUCUUCAACAACAACUGGAGCAACGUUCACGACUUCACACCCGUGGCGGGAGAGACCAACUGGAGUUUGUUGCCCGAAAGCGCCGCCGUACUGGAGUCGGUGCCGGCCCCUGGCGCGGAUUCAGACUUCAAGGGGGUCCGCAUCUCGGCGGACGCGGCACGCAGUAUCGUGCCGCUGACCAAAGGGGGCCGGCGCAAGGACAGCGAGGAGUCCUGCCUAUUUGUGUUCUUCGCUGGAGAGUAUACUACCGCCAACGCACGCAAAAUGAUCGAUGAGGCGACAGCCAAAGACUUCGUGCUGAUCCAGACCAAAGAGGUGUCGAUGCGGCCCGAAGACGUCAAACGUGUCUUCCAGAACAAUGCGGACGAUCUUGUGGAGUGGAUUAGCAAAGGUCCCGUCAUCGCGCUGGAGUUUAACGGUGACGGCGUGGUAGAAGCCUGCAAGAACAUCGCCAACGAUGUGUUUAACGGCACAAAGGUUUUCGUCUCGGACAACAAAAACACAUCGUCCCGCGACGUGGACAACUUCUUCAACUUCGCCGACAUGCAGAUGGGCUUGUGA